UUAGUGCCGUCAUAUGUGCUGUUGUUGAAAGACGUUACGAAAUCUUGAAAAUUUCAUUUCAUUUUUUUUCCCAUAAUUUUCCAAUUAUUCCAUUAAUCAGUAUAAACACGUUUUUGUUAAGUGUAUGUUGGUAAUUUUCAUAAGAAACAUGAUUCCCAGAUAUACUAUGCUCUUCAAAAAAAGGCCUCGACUUUAGAUAUCAAUAUACAUGUAUCUGCAUAAUUGCAGAAACAUCCGCUGUUUAUUUUUAACUAUACCUUACAGUAUUAAUUAAAACACAAUAAUGAUAUAUAGAAAAGGAGUAUUUGUUUGUUUGUUUGUUUGGUUUUUCUACUUUUGAUGACAAUAUCAAAAGUCAGGUUUGAUGAGAAAUAUUCACUACAAGAACAGUAUUGGCAGCAAUGAUAAUUUUAACUAGGGAGAAAGAAAUAGAAAUUAGCAUUGUGAUUUAUAUAAUUUGACAUCUUUUUUAUAUUUAAUAGUAAACUUAAUAUUGAAUUACGAUUAACGAUUACUUUUUAUUACAAAACUUUUCAUAAUAAUUCUGAAUUCUAUGCACUCAACCUCUCUAACACAACAUUCUUUUCCUACCCCGGGCAUCUUCCAAAUUACAGUGUAACCGAAUUAAACAUGCUGUGUUUUUUGUGCAUGUGUGUGUUAGUGCGUGUGUGUGGUGAAUUUAUAUUUCCGUGUUAGCAUACGGUACUUCCCAUUUGAUUUAGGAGCGAAUUCGAUCGACAAUUAACAAAUCAAUUUUGCUCCUGAUACGCUCAUUACAAUACUAUAUCCUUAUGUACCGUACUAAGUAUUUUCCUGUAUAAAAUGAUUCCAAUAGGCAAUAAUCUUAGGUUUUUUUAAAAUGCUCAAAAUUCAGUUUUGAAUUUCAAGGAAAAAACAUCAAUCAAAGGAAAAACCUUUAAUUUUAGCACAUGCAAUAACCGUUUGAGAAAAGGGAAACCUUCCUUAAGGAAGGAACGAAAUAAAAUAAAAAAGAGAGGUGAAAAGUUUUUUCUACGUUUACAAAGGCAGUGGUUUAAAGACGUAACUAGAUGCCGAAGAUCAACAAAGAGAGCAAAUACUUCAUGAAAUGAUACAAGAUUAAGACAAUUCAAGUAUUGAGUGACAAAUGGCACAUUGCAUUCAGUAUUUUAUUAUCUUUUUCUGCUUUGAGGAGUUCGCGCGAGGAAGAUCUUGUUGCAAUGAACAGAAAUGUGUUUGUGCUCAAUUAGAACACUUUAAAGAACUUUAUCACAUGGACUGUUCCAAUAGAGGAUUGACUGAGAUACCAAUUCCUUCCAAAGACACCGAAGUUUAUAGCAUUGAUUUAUCACGAAACAAGUUACGAAACGUUACAAUAACUAAUCAUUUUUCUAGAACUUUGAAACAAUUAAAUUUAUCUCACAAUGAACUAAGCAUCCUUUCGAAUAACAGUUUUAACUGGAUUCCAUACCUUGAAGUUUUAGAUUUGUCCUAUAAUAUUCUCAGAUUGUCCAACACAAGUCUUCCCAAUCUGGUAUUCCAAUACCUGAGUAACCUAAAGGUCCUGAACUUGUCUCACAAUGACGUCAUCGGUACAGACCAUUACAAUGCAGAAAUAUUUCGUCAUACUGAAUCUUUGGAGACGCUAGUCAUUGACGGCUUGCGAAAUGGCAACUUCGACUUUAAAACAAAAAAUAAAAGGUGCGCUCCAUCAUAUGUAACAAACCAUGACACAAUAGAAUUAACCAAACUUACAACACUGAUAGUGUCCGGACGAAGAAAUCGCUCCAAGUGCUUAGUUACGGAUCUGUCAGCAGGCUUUUUCGACAGUGUAUCUAAUAUCACGUAUUUAGACAUGUCUGGUUGCGCAAUCCAAUCAAUCGGCAGAGAAAGCUUGUCGCCUUUAUCACAUUUAACAUACUUGGACGUGUCCUAUAAUGAACAACUUUCUUUUCAUUCCAUUCGAAAUAUUUCAACCCUCAAAGGUCUAAAGACACUAAAACUGGACAAAAUCCAUUGCACAUUUGGCAGGGGUAUAUACAUAACAGAAGAUAUGGUACAUGCUCUCCGAGAUACUUCCAUAGAAAAUAUUUCCCUUAAAAGCAAUAGAAUAGAGAUGGCUGCACGCAGUGUGUAUUACUAUUUACCUCCAAAUUUGACAAAUGCAGAUAUCUCCGACAAUAGAUUGACUUUUGGAGCAUAUGUUCUUACGGCUUAUGCUUUGAGGAAUCUUAAGUUUGCUAAUCUAAGCGGUCAAUCAUCAUCCCAUUUUACCGGUAAAACUGAUGAUUUUAUGAUCUGUAAACACGCGACGGUGUGCUCUUCAUUAAGUACGCAGCAUACUCACCCGGUCCUUAAUCGGGAAAUUUCAUUGUUUCGUUCGAAAGAAGGCGUAAAACUCUACCUACCUCCCCAUCUAGAAACAAUAGACAUUUCUAGUUCAUCACUGAGUUCGAAUAUUCAUGUACUCUAUAUUGACCCGAAUAACAAUUUGAAAACAAUAAAUUUUAGCCAUAACUUUUUUCAACAUCUCGGGGGACCAGUCUAUGGACUACAAAAAAUUGAAACAUGCGAUUUUUCAAAUAACUUUAUUUCUUAUCUAUCGCCAGAUUUCUUUAUAUAUUGUACCACGUUAAAAUAUAUUAAUUUCAAAGGUAACUUGUUAGGGAAUUCGAUGAGCAAAUCAAACGCGACUUAUUUUGUACAUCUCAGAAAUUUGACAUUUUUGGACCUUUCAUCAAAUGUUAUUCGCUUUGUUUCCCCUGACAUUUUUGAAGGUUUGGAAUCUCUGAAAACACUGAAUCUUAGUUUCAAUUUACUUAGAAAUUUUUCAUUUAGAACGCACCAGAUGCCUUUUUUAAGAACACUAGAUCUUUCGUUUAAUGAACUUGUGCCAUUUUCCGAUUUUACAAUUAAGUUCCUAGAAUCAAGACAACGUUUGCAGUCACUGAAAAUAAUACUGACAGGAAAUGUGAUUCCAUGUACUUGCGACUCCCUUGAUUUUUUUAAGUGGAUGCUUAGUCACGAAAAAACUGUCGAAGUAGAUUAUUCAUAUAUUUGUCAAAAUAUGCAUUCUGUAGAAAACAGCAACGACUUGGAAUUGAUCAGAAAGAUUCUUAUGAAAAAAUGUGACGAUUACGAUGAAAUUAUUGGGGUUGUGUCUGCACUUUUUGUUGUGUUCUUUGCGUUUAUUGUUAGCGGAAUUAUUCAUCGCUACCGGUGGAAGCUUCGAUAUAUCUAUUACAUGUCAAUAUGGAGCACUACCACGUCACACAAAUCAUAUGGUAAAGUAUACGACUAUGACGCUUUUGUUUCUUAUGCCGACGAGGAGAAUGAUUUUGUCAUACAGGAAAUGACGCCAGAGCUAGAGGAAGUGUCAGACUUGAGACUGUGUCUCCACGAGCGAGAUUUUACACCAGGUAUAUCAAUCGGCGAGAACAUAACCAAGGCAAUAUGUAACAGCAGAAAGGUUUUGUGUGUCGUAACAGAGAACUUUUUGUGCUCUCAGUGGUGUAUGUAUGAACUAGAGAUGGCCCUCACAGACAACAGGUACUCCAGAGACGAUCAAUCGGUUUUCCUUAUCAUGUAUGGAGGAUUGCCGACUGAUAGCUGUAAAAUUCGUUCAUCGAUUCGACUUAUGUCUUUAGUAAAGGAACACGCCUAUCUAGAAUAUCCUAAUGAUGAGAGUAACAGAGCUGAAUUCUGGAAUUCACUAAGACUAAUAGCUGGGAAAAAACCUUAAUGAUGAUAUUAAAAACUGGUUUUUAUUAAAAAUUAAUUACUAUUUAGAAUAUCAGACUUAAUUCG